GCUGUUGAGCAUGCAAACUCAAAAAGGAGGCGUGACCGUGAGAGAGAGCAAAGAAGAUUCCAAAACCCUUCCUCUCAUCCAACCUUAACAAUUAUCCAUGGAUGUGAUGCACCGCGCCAUCCAACUCCCAUUUCCUUCCUUAAUGCGCACUCCAUCCCUCCGAUAUCAACCCGGCCGGCCAGCGACAUGAGAUGAGGUCCGGAGACAGCAGGGUGAUGGAGGCCGACCAUCACCACCGCCACCGCCAGGAGAGGCCGGCCGGGGCGGCGGGCCAUUACCGGCAUGGGAGGGGCAGGCCGCGGUACCCGGACGACGACAGGCAGAGGAGCUCCCCGUGGGUGUGGAUGGCGGUGAUCCUGUGCACGCUGCUGGUCAUCGGCGUCAUCGUGGUGGGCGCCGCGGUGUUCGCCGUCUACCUCAUCUACAAGCCCCACAUGCCGUACAUGGUGGUGACCAACGCCUACCUCCAGCAGCUCGACUACAGCCCGGCCGACGGCGUCAUCCGCGACAUCCAGGUCAGCGCCCAAGUUCUGGCCAGGAACACCAACUCCAAGGUCAACGCCUCCUUCUCCAGCUUCAACAUCGAUGUCAAGUUCCACGGCACCACCCUGCUGCAGCUGAGGGCCGAGACCUUCAGCGUCGCCCGGGAGAGCGCCGUCACGCUGCCGUACAGCGGGUCGUCGCGCGGGGCGAAGCUGGACCUCGCCGGGAUGCGGGCCAUGGAGGAGGCGCUCAGGUCCAGGGUGGUGCCCAUCACCCUCUCCGGCAAGGCGCGCACGCGGUGGAGGAUGGGCAUCUUCCUCAAGGUCGGCUUCUGGACGCGCCUCAACUGCCCCCUCACCUUCAACUUCCCCCCCGGCGCCGUCAUGCCCAUCGACCACGACAGCUGCCGCUCCAGGUCGCCGUAGCACACUGCUCCUCCUCUGCUCUGCUCUGCUUCGCCCUCCUCCUCUGCUCUGCUCUAUUCUGCUUAGCCCGCCAAUGGCGUAUGCUCUGCUUAGCCCGCCAAUGGAGUAUGGUCUGCUAUUCAUUAUAGGUUCAUUCGUCUUAGCGAGCGACAAGAACGUACAUAUGCAAUUCUUAUGCAGGCAAAGAAUGCCGGUAGUAUGUAUAUAGCCGCAGCUGCGAGGAAAACUAUAUAUAUAUAGUCAGCCUAAUUUGUGGUUCUGUACAGUACAUAUAUUGCGUAUGGAACAGUUCACAGUUCAACCCCA